CUGUCUGUUUGUUGCGUCAUCAUCAUCUGUUCACCAAUGAGUCAUCCAGGGUUUACAUAAUCGAUACGGAUCAGAUCAAAGGGCGGAUCGAUGGUGCGAUCCGAGCGAUUUCAUCCGCGUUGAUUGGCCAGCUGAUCGUCCAAAUAACAACAAAAACACGUGACGUGAGAGAUAACGUUCUCAGCGCCAUGACUCCCUCCAUCCGUCUCUCAUUGGUCGGCCUCCUCCUCCUGCUCAGUCUGGUCUCCUCUGACACCAUUGACCCCUCCUUGGAGGACCUGACCAAUAGAAACGCAGACUUUGCCACCCGGCUGUACCGAGCGGUCUCUAGUCGGACUGACGACAACGUCUUCCUGUCUACUUUCACAUUGUCCACGGCGCUGGCUGCACUGCUGAGUGCCACCAGUGGGCCGACCCAGGACCAGCUGCUGCUUGGACUCAGCCUGACUGGACUAGACCCUGAGACCCUCCCAGAUCUGUUCCAGAACCUGACCAACAUCUUGCAGGGGAACCCCGCCCUAAACCUGAAGCAGGGUGUGGGCAUCUUCCCGCCCCAGAGCUUCCAGGUGUCGUCAUCUUACCUGGACCUGCUUCAGACCAGGUUUGGGGGGAUCGCUCAGAGUCUGGCCUACACGGUGCCGCAAGAGGCCAUUGACACCAUCAACCGCUGGGCCCAGGACCAGACUGGAGACAAGGUCCAGGAGCUGGUGACCCACCUGGACCCCCAGACACAGCUGCUGCUUGCCACUGCCACCUACUACCAGACUCACUUCAGUCCUUCCUUCAACUCGUCCUCCACUCAGGACGAGCGUUUCUAUGUGGACAAGUAUCACGUCGUUAUGGUUCCCAUGAUGUUCCGGGCUGAUAAGUACUUCCUGGCGUACGACCGCUCAGUGAAGGUGGGCGUGUUGAAGCUGCCAAUGACGGACGGCGCGGCCAUGUUGGUUCUGCUGCCUGAUGAAGAAGUGGACGUCACGGCUGUUGAAGAGGAAGUGACUGCAGAGAAGAUCAAGGCGUGGAUCAGGCAGCUGAAGAAGACGAGGUUGGAGGUGCAGCUUCCUCGCUUCCUGUUGGAACAGUCCUACGCUCUGCGUGACAUUCUGCAGACCCUUGACAUCACCAAGGUGUUUCAGGACGAUGCUGAGAUCAUCAACAUGGACGGAGUACCUAAACUCACACAGGUUUAUCAUAAAUCCGUCAUGUCUGUUGACGAAACCAGUGAUGACACCACAGGAGGUGGAGUUAACGUGUUCUCCAGUCUUCCUCCUCGACUGACCGUCAACAGACCCUUCAUCUUCAUCAUCUACCACCAGACAACCGGCAGUGUGCUGUCUAUGGGCCGUGUCAUCGACCCCACCAAGAAAUAAAACCAAGCCCUGCCCCCAAGUUACUGUUGCUAUGUACCAUGGUCAGGUUGUGAAGUUCUAAUCCCACCAGAACCCCAGUGACAUGAAUCUGGUUCUACUGUAAAACAAUAACAAUACUACCAUUACUACACUAAUACACAGCAACACCACUACUACAACAGUACUACAACACAGCAACAACAUCACUACACUACAACACCACUACUACAACAUUACUACUACACUACAGUAACACAAAAAUACUAUUACAACACUGUUAUAUUCAUGUGUUUUUCAGGCUGCUUUGUUUAGUACGUUUAGUACUUGUUAAGAACGUUAGCAUGUUAGCACCAUCACUGUUCAUGUAUGUAAUUCUAACUUUAAAUAUAUGUACUGUUGAAAACAUGUAUGUAAAAUAUUAAACGUUAAAAUUAAUGUGAUGUAAACAGUAAAAACUUGAAGUCA